UGUUGUUAUUGAUGUUGUUGGAUAGGACAGAGAGAAAUGGACACAGGAGGGGAAGACAGAGGGGGAGAGAAAGACACCUGCAGACCUGCUUCACCACUCGCAAACCUUCCUUCAUGCAGGUGGGGACGGGGACGGGGGGAGGGGGCUCGAUCCCGGGUCCUUGUGCAUGGUCACAUGUGCGUUCAACCAGGUGUGGCACCACCCGGCCCCCUAAAAUGACUUUUUAAAAGAGACGAUAAAUAGGAAUAGAACCCUAGAAUGCGUGGCUGCGGCCUGGGGAGGUGGAAGGUGCGAAGGCCCCGCGCUGGGCUCCCGCGGCAGCAAGGAGCCUGCAGAGCUCGUGACCGCGACCAUCGAGACGCAGCCACCUCCGGGCGGCCUAGAGGGGAAGCGGAAGUGACCCUUUUCCCGUGUGCACCUGUCUGACAGAAGUCGCAGCCCGCUUCCGGUCGGUGGAGCCCUGCGUCGUGUGAAGAGCUAGGCUGAGCCCACCAGCCUGUCCAAGCUGCUAGCAAGUCUACUGGUUUUGCUUAUGAGAUGUGACCUGAUGCUGUUUGCUGCUGUGACACCACCUUGACUCAAGCCACUCUCAGCUCCGGCUCGGCUCAUGCAGACUUUUUGCUUCAGGGAGGGAGCAUGAAGAUGCUUAAAGACCAACUGGGCAUGGCAGAAGCUCCCCAGCAGCAGAUGGGUAUUCCAGUGGUCAAACUGGAGAAAGAGUUGCUUUGGGGCAGGGGCCAGGAGGACCCCAGUCCAGAGACUUUCCGCCUGAGGUUCCGGCAGUUCCGCUAUCAGGAGGCAGCUGGCCCCCAAGAAGCCCUCAGCCAGCUCCAGGAACUCUGUUGCCGCUGGCUGCGGCCUGAGCUGCACACCAAGGAGCAGAUCCUGGAGCUGCUGGUUCUGGAGCAGUUCCUAAGCAUCCUGCCUCGGGAAUUCUAUGCCUGGAUUCGGGAGCACGGUCUGGACAGCAGCAAGUCCCUGGCUGCCAUGGUGGAGGACUUCACAGAGAGACCUGUGGAGGCCAAGGCGAGCACUGCUCAGCUCUGGUUUAUGGUGGUGCAGGGGAUUGAACUUGGGACAUGGGAGCCUCAGGUUCCAUGCCACGAGCAGGGGGAGCAGCAGGAAGCGGCGGCACUUUGCAGAGGUCCUUGGGAACCAGCUGUCCACCUGGGUCCAGUGGAAGUCAAGCCCGAGUGGGGGAUGGCCUCUGGGGAAGGGGUUCAAGGCCUCCACCAAGGCACUGAGGAGCAGCUCAGUCAGGACCCCGGAGGUGGGACACAGGCAUUCCAGGAACAGGCUCUGCCAAUCCUUCAGGCUGGCCCUGGCCUCCCCCCAGUGAGCACCAGAGAGCAAGACAUGGCAGCUGGGUUCCUUCCAGCUGGACCCCAGGCAUUGGGACCAUUUAAAGACAUGGCCUUGGCCUUCCCUGAGGAGGAAUGGAGACAAGUAACCCCAGCCCAGAUAGACUGCUUUGGGGAGUAUGUAGAACCACAGGACUGCAGGAUUGCAUCUCCAGGCAUGGGGAGCAAAGAAAAGGAGACCAAAACCCAGCAGGCUGACCUCAAGGGGGCGCUUGCACGGCUGACAUCUGAGAGAUUUGGUGAAGCCCUGCUCCAGAGCCCUGAGCUGGGAAGACCCUGUGAGCAGGAGCAGGGGAUCUCUGCGGGGAGUUCUGUGGGAAAUGUGACUGGGCCACUGCCCCCCCAGCCUGGCCUCCCUGCCCUGCCCGAGGACCUCAAGCCCCAUAGCUCCUUUUGGAAGCCUUUCCAGUGCCCUGAGUGUGGCAAAGGCUUCAGCCGGAGCUCCAAUCUUGUCCGCCAUCAGCGGACCCAUGAAGAGGAGAAAUCCUAUGGCUGCAUGGAGUGUGGAAAAGGCUUCACGCUCCGUGAAUACCUCAUGAAGCACCAGCGCACCCACCUGGGCAAGAGGCCCUACGUGUGUGGCGAGUGCUGGAAGACUUUCAGCCAGCGCCACCACCUUGAGGUGCACCAGAGGAGCCACACGGGGGAGAAGCCCUACAAGUGUGGUGACUGCUGGAAGAGCUUCAGCCGCAGGCAGCACCUGCAGGUACACAGGAGAACUCACACUGGCGAGAAACCCUACACAUGCGAGUGCGGCAAAAGCUUCAGCAGGAAUGCCAACCUGGCUGUGCACCGACGGGCACACACGGGGGAGAAGCCCUAUGGUUGCCAGGUGUGUGGGAAGUGCUUUAGCAAGGGUGAGCGGCUGGUCCGCCAUCAGCGGAUCCACACAGGAGAGAAGCCUUACCACUGCCCGGCAUGUGGCAGGAGCUUCAACCAGAGGUCCAUCCUCAACCGGCACCAGAAGACCCAACACCGUCAGGAGGCCCCCGUGCCUUGAAGGUGCCUGCCCAAGGCGAUGGAGGGUGCUGGAGAAGAAAUGGGCCUUCCUGGACCACCAAGGGGAAGAGUCAUUUGUCUUUCUACGCUAAAGGGCUUCUUGACUUGGGGCUGAAGUGUGGAGGAGUUGUGGGGUGCAGAAAGGCCCUUUGACCCACAUUUUUCCUCUCAUUCAGUUCUCAGACAUGGGAGGUGGGCAAGGCCUGGGUAAGAUUUCUGGAGGACCCAGCUUCUACCAUCUCUUAUCCAGGCAGUGCUAGUAAUUUUCUUACCACCUCUUAGAGAAACGUUAGCCCAGGUUUCUCCAGGUUGAGGAGUCUUUUGCACAGUCUGAGGACAAGGCUGAAUGCCCUGUGUGGGCAGUUCUGACCUCAUUAUCUUUUUUUUUUUUCUGAGGAACUGGGGCCUCUCACAUCUGUGAUUUUUAUCAUUUCUGUGCAGAUUUUUUCAUUUAAACAGAGAAAGAGGGAGUUAUGCCAUAACACCAGAACUUGGUGCUAUGGUAUCUCCUGUGUGGUACUAGGACUUGAACCUGGGCUGUGUGCAUGGCCAGGCACUGCCCAGUGAGAUAUCUCUGGUCCCAUGAACCUUAUUUUUUCUGCAGAUUUUGUCUUGCCUGUAAGAUCAUUAGCUCUGACCCCUGUCUGCCCCCUUCCUGCUUAGGAAGUAUUUAUUUAUUGAGCACCUAAUAUGCACCUGGUGCUGGAUGUUCAGUGGUGAAUGAAACAGACAAGACCUUGUUUUUCCGGAGCUUGUGAAUUAGCACUGGGAAGACACACAGAACUGUUAAUGACCCUGAGUGUCCUCAGGCUGGUAGUAAGUGCUGUGUGAGAAGGUGCUCUGCUCUGCUCAUGGUUGCCCUGCCUGCUCGGUCCUAGCUCUUUCUCCCCAUUUGGAAUCUCUCAGGCAGCCCUAAGAUCCCAAGCCUUAUUUUCCUUGACUUGUCUCUGUUACUCUCAACCCUCCUCUCUAAAGUGUCCCCUUUCCAUUUCUCCUGUACUAGAACAACUACCCACAAGUCUGCUAGAAAAUUAAUAUUUUGUUGUUGAUAACUGAAUAAACAUGAGAGUAUUUUAACAAACAGUCUCGCAUACAGAUUUAAUGAGGUGAGUUUGAGAGAUGAACUGGUGUUAAUAUCCUCUUCAGAUGUUACUGUAUAUAAAUUGUUUUCUCUUAUCAUUUCACAAAUAUUUAUCAUGGCUCAUCUUUAAUCGUCCAUCAAAGACCAGUGAAUAAAAACAGGGAGAGUCCCUGAUUUGGCAGAGCUUCUGUUGUAGUGAAUGUAUUUGAUUUUCAGACACCCCCCCCCCCACCACCCAUGUAGCCUGUGGAUGCUUCCAUGAAACUUCUGGACCUGGGAUUUUUUUUUUUUUAAUUUCUUUAUUGGGGGAUUAAUGGUUUACAGUCAACAGUAAAAUAUAAUAGUUUGUAUAUGCAUAACAUUUCCACAUACAACCCCCACUAUGGACCUGGGAUUUUAACCUGUCUGUGCCUGCCAGUUUCUUGCCCCAAGAGGCAUUCACCAUCUACCUCUUGUCCCCAGAUUAUUUUGUCCUCUUUGUCUCUAGGUCUAUGUCAUUUGAAAGGUGCUUGGGGUCCUGGAUGCCAAUUGGAGAUUCUGUGAGGGGAGCAGUCUGUCAAAAGAGUGCCAAUUCAGAAAAAUAAAGAUACUCAUGGGUAUUUUAAAUGCAUUUCUCCAAAAAGGAGGCGAUGUAGCCAUUGUAACUGUUUAGUCAUUGUGUGUGUGCACGCGUUAUUUUAUCAUCACUGGAGGUGUUCCUUUCUGCUUAAAAUCCUUGAAACUGCACACCUGGCAUGGAUUGCACUGCAGCGUGACUAUAAGCCUUCAACUCUCGUUGCUGAGUACGUCAUUUGUGGACACUGUGUAAUUGCAAAAUGUGAUUUGUCUUCUGGUGCCUCUUAAUAUCAUACUGCUUUACUGAAAUGCUUUCUUCCACUGUAAACAAGAUAAAUGGUAAUGACUUUAA